UGACAAGUCGUGAAUAUUAUCAGAUUAUAAUUUAUAGAUACACAAUAUAGAUAAACAUUAUAAUAAUUAUCGUAUUUUGUGUUUUCAUAAUUUACUUUAAUAUACUAAUUUUACGUAUCAAAAGGGCAAAUUAGUAAGAUAUUUUAGAUGUUUUAAAUUUCUAAACAGUUGUACACAGUACGCGUUCUAUUUCCAUACUCUGUAGUUCCGAGUGGAAAUUUCAGCUUAAUAGAGCACAGAAAGAUUAUGGAAACUGAAAAAAUUUCAAUUUUGGAAAAAUGUGUUGCUGCUUUAGAACUGAAAGUAUACGGUAUAAACAAAGAAGCGCAAGCUUCUCUGCCAAGUAGUAGCCUUCUUGAAGAAGUCAAACAAGUUGACAAUAACAUUGGUAAUGCAUGUAUUGGUCAUCCAUAUGCUACUACUUUACUCAGUCAUGUAAAACUUUUGGACAAGUUGAUGGAUCCUUUCUAUGAAGACUAUCAACCAGAAUUAUCUAAACGAGAAGUUAUACUUUCUGCUGAAGCUGAAAUAAUUGGAUAUGCUCAACAACUCCAACAGCUUAAUGAAAAAUGGCCAGCUCUAAAUGAUAAGUAUUACAGUGAAAUAGACAAACAUACUGAAGAAAUUGAAAUAUUAGUCGAGAACGAACGCAAACAACGUGAAUUAAUAAAAGAACAAACUGAACACAUACACACAUUAUUAUUCAGGUACGAACAGCUUAUGUUAAAAUUUUCAGUGGCGUUUGAUACAUUAGAAAAAGAAAUUACUGUAUUAGAGAACAAAACUUCAAAAAAACCUGAAGAAGAUUAUGAUAAUGAUAAAUAAUUAUAACAAUAGUGUGAAAUAUGUACAUUUAAUUAUAAAUAUUUUAACUUUAAUAUUUAACUAUAAUCACAUAUUUGUAUAAUAUAAUAUUAUAUAUUAAUAUAAUAUAACUUGUUAAUAAAUAACCUAAAACAUUCAUAUAAAAAUGUAUUAAAAUAUUCAUACAUUGAAUGCAUUAUUUUAAGCUAACAAGUUUGUCCUGCCUCAUCUAGUGCUACCUGGUAAUACCUUGGACUAAUUAUUGACCAACACCUUACAUGUGACCUCUCAUCAAUAACAAAUCACUGUGAAUUCCAGAAGAAUGACCUACUUUAUACAUGAUAGAAACUCAAAGCUUAAUAUUUAGGCUUAAGGCAAACACAUCUGGCCCAUCAGGUAUGCUGCUAAAGCAUCAAACAGAUAUAAAAUUCAAGCUUUUUAAUCCAUCACAAUAUGAAUUAUAAUGGGAGCUAAGGAGAGCUAGCUCCUUCUGAUAGCAGAAAACUUAAAUUUUAUUUUAAACAAGUGUAUACAUAGACAUAUAUAAAUUAAACUGUACACCAAAUAAUAAACUCAGAAGCAAAAAAUACUACCAUAUACUGGCCCAAA